CUCACCGAAUAACUCAAAUUCAAGAAAACACGGAUUCGCGAUUCUGGCGGCACGUUCGUUCGGAUGAUAAUCCGGCCGAUGCGUUAUCUAGGGGUCAAUUACCGAGCAUCUUUUUGAAGAUCCGUACAUGGUUCUUCGGACCAUCUUGGUUGGCCGAGGAGGAGCACAUCUGGCCUCAUGAAAUCAUAUCGCUAAAAGAAAUACCAGAAUUAAAGAAAAAUACUUGUUUAGUCUCGACCACGGAAGAAUUCAAUGCUGAUUCGACUAAAUACAAAAUGGGCGAUUUACCGAAACCUCGAAUAUGUAACGCAAAUCCAUUCGCGAACACGGGUAUUGAUUAUUGCGGCCCAUUCUAUAUUAAAAAGAAAAAACAUCGAAAUCGCAACCGAGUCAAGGUAUACGUCUGCGUAUUUAUAUGCAUGGCUGUAAAGGCAGUCCUUCUGGAAAUCGUAAGCGAUUUAAGCACUGACGGGUUUUUAGCAGCAUUACGGCGUUUUAUCGCGAGACGAGGUAUUCCAGAACAAAUAUAUUCUGACAAUGGAACCAAUUUUAAAUGUGCGAAUAAUCACUUGAAGGAACUGUACGUUCUUUUAAAUUCCGACGAACACCGGAAUAAGACUAGUCGAUUUGCCGUGGAACAUCAUAUUGCUUGGCACUUCAUAUCGCCCACAGCUCCACAUUUUGGAGGACUUUGGGAAUCCACGGUAAAAUUAUUUAAACACCAUUUUAAGAGAGUGGUCAGAGAACUCCUUUUUACAUUCGAAGAACUUAACACCUUCACGAUAGAAAUUGAAGGAAUACUGAAUUCAAGGCCUAUCUCUUAUAUCUCUUCCGAUCCUAAUGAUCCUUUAGUUCUUACACCCGCACAUUGCUUAAUCGGUCGCCCAUUGAUCAAUAUGCCCGAACCUAAUUUGUCGUCUGUCCCAGCAAAUCGUCUAUCAACUUGGCAACACAUCUCCAAAGUACGACAAGAUUUUUGGUCACGAUGGAGCUUAGAAUAUUUGAACGAGCUCCAAAUUCGGCGCAAAUGGAUCAAAGACGAGCCUAACUUAAAUAUCGGAUCCAUCGUGCUUCUCAAGGAAAGAAAUAUCCCAGUCGACACAGUUAUAUAA